AUGGCGCAUGAUUGGCAAGACCAUGAACAGGAAUCCUCAAAUGGGUUACUUGACAUGAGAUCUCGAAAGAGACGAAGGAGAGUUGCAGACAUCUCGGAUGACCAGGACGUUCUCCCGCGGCGUCGGGCUAUCCUGGCCUGCGAUGUCUGUCGGGCUAGGCGGACCAAAUGCGAUGGGCAACGACCGACGUGUUCAUUCUGUCAGUCCGUCAACGCAGAAUGCAGGUACCGCAAGAUUGCCGAACCCCCUCCAACGAAGCUCGAAAGUGAGAUUGUCAUAAUCAAGGAGCGACUGGGAAAUAUUGAACACCUCCUUUCGGCUCAGCCCAGGCAACCUGAUGCCACGAGAGAGAUCCACACCCAUCUCUCACCCGAUGCCGCUCGUACCUCCAGCCCGAGGGUGCCGGCUUCGGUGGCGGCCGACUUUCAAUCUCCCAGUGUACCACAGCCACCGGCGUUCCCUACCAUGGUAAUUCGGAACAAGUUAUUCAUGCGCCUAGUUGGCCUCGACUGCGACUUGGCUGUACAUCUCGCCAGAUUCGAGCGAUCCGGUGACAGGAAGCAUCACCACGAGGUCGGAAGGCACUUCUUUCUCCAGCAGCACAGGGCGUUAGAUCUAUUGGGUGAUUUUCUCGAAAAGAUACAUCCGUGGUAUCCAUUACUCGAUCCUGAUUACCAUUCCGAAUACAGCUCGGUCAUGGAUGGUCCACUCAAGCCUUCAUCAGAAUCGUGUCUCGCACUGAUUGUCGCCGCUCUUGGCUCGUUAUCAUCGCAUGACGGGACUGAAAGGCAUGCCAGGUAUGCUGAGCUGGCACUUGGCAUGGUCUCAAGCGUUCUGAUAGAUUGCUCCGUGCAGGCUGUGGCGGCUCUCGUCUACACUGCGGUUUACUAUUGCUGCAUUUGCACCCCUCUGGACGCAUUCGAAUACAUUGCUAUAGCCUCACUCAAGGUUCAAAGCUUACUCACUAGUAACCGCCAUCAAGUCCCUGACUCAAAAUGCGAGCCGCUGAGACGUGCAUACUGGGCGAUCUUACUUAUCGAAAACGAAUUAAAUGUGCAGUUUGAUCUCAUCGACACCGGUGUUUGGAACCUGGACGGAUCUACACCUCUACCAAAUGUCCGCGAGAUUUGGACCUGUUCACCUCGAUCGCCGUUUCAGGCGCAACCCAACGCAUUGGCCUCAUCGGUCCGCCACGAGAGUAAUCAAGAAGAUGCCGACGCAUAUUUUCUUGCAGAGAUCGCCAUGCGACGAAUCUCUCACCGAUGUCCUACGGCCGUCCGUGUAACAGCCAACGGUCAACAGGUCUACGCCCCUAUUGUCGCGUCUGAACUGAGCCACCAACUCGAGGAAUGGUAUAAAUAUCUACCACCAGCGCUCAAAUUUCACAGGGACACUGAUGUCGAACUGCAAGAAACAAGAGGCUUGGUACUGUUUCUGAGGACGCAGUAUUACUCUUGCAUGACUUCUAUUUACUGGCCUUCAGUCUAUCAAUUGAUCGAGACCGGCCGAUGGGAGUACGAUCUUCAUAUUGGAUGCCAAAAGUUCUUCGAGGCGUAUUCCAUGUUCUCGAAGAGCGUCACCUUAUGCGUUCAACAUUGUGCUGUUAACAAAUGGACAUUACUCGCAAGUAUGUUUGUUUUCACCAUGGCAGCAGCUCGCGCGCUGAAAGACCCUGCAUUUGCCACUUUCAGGCCUCCGCAGCUCUCAAGCUCCAUGGGCCUUGCAGUCGACUCUCUCGCAGCAAAUGCCAGUCUGAGUCCUUCACUUGCGUACCUGCAUAGAGUUCUGGAGGAACACCUACAGGAACUUUUAGUUCACCGUCCUUCACGGGAAGUGGAAGAUGGUAUACAUACAUAG